AAACUUGAAAGAGUCAAUUAUUCAAAAUACCUUAAAGAUUCUAAAACAGAUGUUCAUAUAAAUACAAUUGAAACAACUUCAUAUACUAUUAAAGUAUCUUUCUUAAAUUAUAGAAUAACUAAAGAAUUAUAUAAUAUAUACUUUUCAAAGUACAAG